CUUGUCAUCUUGUGCCGGCGCUGUGCCGGCUUGUGCGUGCGUUCGUGCCUUGGUGCCUAGAGCGACGGACACGUAGGCCACCGAGUCAACGGCGGCAUGGAGGCGGCCGGGGACGGCGCCGGUGCCCAUCGCGGCCUCGUCUGCGUGACGGGCGGCAGCGGAUUCAUCGGCUCCUGGCUCGUCCGCCUCCUCCUCGACCGCGGCUACGCCGUCCACGCCACCGUCAAGAACCUCCAGGAUGAGGGCGAGACGAAGCACCUGCAGGCCCUGGAUGGCGCCGGCACGCGGCUCCGGCUGUUCCAGAUGGACCUCCUCGACCCUGCCUCCAUACGGCCCGCGGUCGAGGGCGCCCGCGGCGUCUUCCACCUGGCGUCCCCUGUGAUACUGCGGACAGAAGAUCCCGAGAAGGAGCUGCUGGAACCUGCGCUGAAGGGCACACUCGACGUCCUCCGUGCCGCAAAAGACUGUGGUGUCGGCCGUGUUGUUCUGAUGUCGUCAAAGGCGGCCAUACUGCCGAAUCCUAACUGGCCUGCGGGUAAGAUCACAGAGGAUGACUGCUGGGCCGACGUUGAGCUCCUCAAGAAACUUCAGCUCUGGUACAACGUCUCUAAAACACUGGCAGAGAAGGCUGCAUGGGAAUUCGCCGUAGAGGAGGGGCUGCAGCUGGUUGUUCUCAAUCCAGGGAUGGUGCUGGGACCAUUUUUUACACCAUCAGUUAACGCCAGUAUCAAUGUGCUGCUGCAGCUUCUGGGAGGCCAGAGGCUGGAGUUGGACUUCUACGCGGGGUGCGUUGAUGUCAGAGAUGUGGCGCUGUCACUGAUAGUGUUGUAUGAGAACCCAUCUGCACAGGGACGCCACCUAUGUCUGGAGUCUAUGGAACCCUGGGUUGACUUCACCAAUAAAAUUGCUGAUCUUUUCUCUGAAUUUCCAGUUCACAGAAUCAAGGAGGACAAACAUGGCUGGGUGGUCAGGGCAAAGGACCACUCCGGCUCCAAGAAGUUGAUCGAUUUGGGUGUUCUUUUCACUCCAUUUGAGACCACCAUCAGGGAUACUGUGGAUUGCUUUAGAAGCAAAGACCUCAUCUAGCCUGUGAACAUGUUUUAUUGUAUGCUUGGUUCAGACUUCAGAGAACUGUUGUACGACAGUUUCCCAGCCCAAACAUGAUAAAUGGCAGAAUGCAUAGACAUGUCUUCCUGGUUAAUACUCGAUAA